AUGUUAAAUUAUAAAAAGUAUAUUUUUUUUUAUAAUAAUAAUAUUAAUAAAAAUAAUAUUUAUUAUUAUUUAGUUUUAGAUAAAAAAUUUUUUAAUUAUAUAUAUAUAUUAUAUAAUAAAAAAAAUAAAAAUAUUAUUAAUUAUAGAUAUAUAUUAAAUAAUAUUUAUAUAUUAUUUUUUAAUAAUAAUUUAUUUUAUUUAUUAAAUAAAAUAUAUAAAUAUAGUUUUUAUAAUAUUUAUUCUGUUAAUAAUAAUUUUAAAUUAAUUUUAACUGUUAUAGGUAUAAAUUAUAAAUUUUAUUAUUUAAAAAAAUAUAAUAUUUUAAUUUUUAAAUUAAAAUAUAAUCAUAAAAUUAUAAUUAAAUUACCUAAUAUAGUAUUAUGUAAUAUUUAUAUUAAUAGGAAUAUAAUUGAAUUGUAUAGUUAUAAUUUGUUUAUAUUAAAUUCUAUAGGUAAAUUAAUAAAUUCUUUUCAAUUUAUAAAUAAAUAUAAGGAAUUAGGUAUUAAGUUAAGUAAUUAA